AUGGCCGAACCAGAAACCCUCGAUAAUGUUCAAAACACCACUCUAUCAAGUGAUCGUAAAUCGGAGCUUAUAUCAUACAUCAUUUGUCAGAAAGACGCAUUUUUUAAAUCACAACAACGAGAUGAAGCUGAUCUUAGUAACGAAGAAAAAGCAGCUAUCGUCGGGAAGCUUUUUGAUACUGAUCAAUCAAUGUUUUUGUCUCGUUAUGGAAAAUAUUUAGACGAAUCAUAUCUCAAUUUUAUACUUGACAAUGUGUCUGAUCCUAAAAAGGAUGACCACAUUGUUAUGCAGAUAGAAGCACUAAAGGAAAAAGACCGGGAUAAGAAAAGUAGAGUGAAGAAUCGCCGAUACAAUGCUUUGCAAAAAAUGCUUCACGGUGGUAGCAGCUACUUCUCAAACAGUGAAAUGCAAUCCAGAGACCCUUAUCUUUUUGAACAGAUG